GCCGGGCCGGGGCCGCCCCCGCCGGCGGCGGCUGCGGGCGAGCCCCCGCCCCCCGCCUAGCCCCGCCGCGGGGAGAGGAGGCGGCGGCCGCCCCGCCGUGCCCUGCCCUGCCCGCCGGGGCCGCGGCGGGGCAGCUCCUCCUCCAUGCGCCGCGGCUGCCCGCCGCCCCGCAGCGCCCGCGCCCGGCCGCCCCGCGGGGGGCAGGAGGAGGCGGCGCCGCCCCGGCCGCGCCGUGAGGGGCCCGGCAGAGGAUGCCGGCGGGCGGCGGCGGCGGGGCGGCUGCGCGGCCCCCCGGCGGGUCGCGCUCUCUCAGCCCCGCCGCCCUGUCCCGCAGCCUGUCCCGCCUGCGGCAGCACCGCGCCCGCUCGCGGGCCAUGCUGGCCCUGGGGGUCACGCAGAUGGUGCUCGGCUGCCUCAUCGUGGCCGUCAGCUUCGCCGCCCUGGCGCUCACCACCUCGGCCCGCGUCCGCCACUCCUGCCCCUUCUGGGCCGGCUUCUCGGUGCUGUUGUCAGGAUUGAUUGGUGUUGUUUCAUGGAAGAGGCCCCUUUCACUUGUGAUAACCUUUUUCAUGCUGCUGUCUGCAGUGUGCGUAAUGCUGAACUUGGCUGGUUCCAUUCUCUCUUGUCAGAACGCUCAGCUGGUGAAGUCCCUGGAAGGAUGUCAGUUGAUUAAAUUUGACAGUGAUGGUGUCUGUGUUUGCUGUGAAAUGCAGCAUCAAACAUCAGGCUGCAGUAACUUGGGAGAAACGUUGAAACUGAACCCCCUGCAGGAGUGUAAUGUUGUGAGGCUGACCCUAAAGGACCUGUUGUUCAGUGUGUGCGCUCUCAAUAUCAUCUCCACCAUUGUCUGUGCUUUGGCAACAGCAAUGUGUUGCAUGCAGAUGGUUUCUUCUGAUCUUCUGCAAAUGCAGGAUGAUAUCACACAGUUUCUGCCGCAGAGGCCGCAUUCUACCAAUCCUGACUGCAUGACUCCACAUGGAACUAUCCUGCAUCAAACCUUGGAUUUUGAUGAGUUCAUACCACCAAUACCGCCUCCACCCUACUACCCACCAGAAUACACCUGCACACCAGUGAUAGAGGCGCAGAGAAGUCUCCAUUUGGACUUUCCUCAUUCCCCAUUCAGUGCUUUAUAUGAAGUAACCAUUAACAGCCCAGGAAUGCUGUAUCCAACUGAGCUGCCCCCUCCUUAUGAGGCAGUGAUUGGAGAGACGCCUGCCAGCCAGGUCACUGGUACUGAUCAGCAAGUGUCCGAGUCAAGCUUGGGUGAGAGGAACAUGACCCCGGACUUCAGCACACAAGUUUCUGCUGAGAGUGCUGCUUUGACGGUCUCUGAGGCUGUUGAUAUCCCAGGCCAUAGCUACUCCUCCGAAGAUCUUUGUUCGCUGGAAGUUCAAGGAUCUCUCCAUUCGACAGAUCUUUCUCCCUGCUCUACAACCCCCAAAGGGGCUACGGAGCAGAGCUGCAGCACCCUGGAUUGCAGCACCCGCUGCAGGUUCCACAGAGCUCGCUCAGAGGGUGUUCCUCAUGAGGAUGACAGUUCCCACAGCCGGGCCUCUACAGACAUGUCUCAAGGACAGGAAAAGAACUGUGCCCACAGCAGGUCCUUGGACUGUUCCUCAGAGAAUUUCAGCCCCUCUGAAAGAGAACUGCAGCGUUCUGCUCAAGAGAGCAGUGCCACACCGCCUUUGAAGCAAAAGAGAAUCUGCUGUGCAGACUUCAGCCAGCCUCCUGUCCCUUCCCAGACCUCUCCCUUGUUUGGGCCUGCAAAUACUUCAUCAUAUGUGAGCGGCCACGAGAGUGCUGUCCGACAGCAUCACAUUACAAAAUACCGAAUUUCAAAUAUAGUCCGAUCAACUAGUGACCCUGUAUCGUGUUCGUCUUACACAGAAGGUGAUAAUUGUGCCUGGACUCCUGUAUGUAGCCGUCAAGAGGCAGGAUUAUCUCCAGCUGCAUUAGAAACAGUUCCUGUUUCUGGUUCUCAUAUGGCUGCCUCUGCUUGUCAGCAUUCUUUGAGCAGUUUCCUACCAACUGGAAGACAGAGGGAUACAAGGAAAAUUGACCUGCACCUAAAGCCAAAGGCUUGGCAUGCAGUCUCAAAAGAGCGACCACACUCUUUAGUGGACCUUAAGGCCUAUAAAGACACAAAAAUUUUAGUGGCAAAAUUUUUGGAACAUUCAAACUGUAAUCUCCCUCCAGAAGUACGUCACGUAGUGAACAGCAUACGAUCAGUAAUAAAAUCUGAUGAGAGACACAUGGAAGAAGCCAUCUUCAGUGCCAAUGUUAUAGACCAGGUAAUUACAAGUUCCCAGCAGAAUGUGAAUACCUCUAGAAAGCGACUUCAAGAAGAUCUUCAUCUUCAGAGCUGUGGUGCUCUGAGCUCUCCCGUUGCCUUCUUACGUAGGUCCCAUAUCACUCGCAGCUUAGAGCGGGACAGGCCUCACAGUUUAAUUGGAGUUUGCCGGGAGACCAUCCUUUGAUAAUAUUUGCAGGCUGUUCUCAGCGUAGUGAAGUAUGACCACCUGUUUCCUGGGCCUCUCAGGCUGGAAAAGGACACUCUGCUCUCCAGAGCCACUGCUUGUCUCCAUGUUUUCCAGUGCUGCUGGCCAUAGAGAGCUUAGGAUGAAGGCGGCAAGUCAGGCCCCUGCUUCAACUGGCACCUGGAGGUACCAGUAGAUUUACAUUCACCAGGCAUACUCCCAGCAGAUGCUGCUACUUAAAAUGCAACCUGCUAUACAGGCAGAAAAAAGUCUCAGUCCAGUAUGGGGAAUUUAAAAGAGUGUUUCCUCCUCAGCAACAGUACCUGUGCUGCAGCAGGGCCCUCCCUGACAAGCCAGAAAGCUGUAUACUAGAUAGAAAUUGUUGGGAAAUUAUUUCAGAAGACUACACUUGUGCAGCACAUAAGGCAGCUAAUAUAUAGCUUGGAAUAUAUAGUCUGGAACUGAGCAGAGCUUAGCAGUGCUGAGAUUUACCUUUGCUUGGAGGAAAAUAAAUGAGCGCUAGAACAUCCAGCGAUGGCUGUUUCUGCAGUUACUGUCAACGGUUAGAAUCAUAUGCCAAGAAUUAUUAUUUGCUGAGAUCUGGUAAUUUGCUCAGAGCUAAAUACAAGUAUGAUACGAUGUGGCUUGUGUCCCAGUGAGUUUUAAUUCAGAAACACAGUAUGUGGGGAGAUGGCCAAACUGGAACAUAUUGAAGGUGAAACAUUGUCUGUGGUUGACCAGAACCUUUUCUGUAUGACAAUAAUAGUUUCUUUUAAAUUUGUCUUCACAAAUAACAAUGCUAUAAAAAAUUAAAUCCCUUCUUACUCCACAUUCAGGUUGUUUGAUAUGGAGAGCAAAAAUAUAUAGUUCUUUUUUGUUUAUAGAAGGCCUUUCCCAGCUUUCUGAAAAAAAAAACAAAACCACUUUCUCUUGCACUGAAACUUAUCUUUCACCACGCUAUCAUUAGUGGCUUUAGCUACUGUGGUUCGUACACUGUUUCUGAUGGACUUUUAUGCGACAGAGGCACCAUCAGGACCCUUCAUAGAAUUACAUCUCGAAUUUCAGUCACGUACAGUAUAUUGUUUUGCAGGUAGUCUGCCUUCUAAUAUAGCUGAUAAGAUAAGCUGUACUACAUAGAUCUUCUCUUUUAUAGAAAGCUUCUCAGUUCAUCUCUCACUGUUAUAUUAACAGUUUGCUCCUUGCUGUUGGGGAUUGUAUGCAGUAAUCUGAAAGGACAAAAAGUACAAUGUGCCAAAAGAAACCCUGUAAAUAUAUUUUUCACAGUAUAAAAGAAAAUAUAGAGACUGUACAGCCAGCUGAAAUAAAAGCUUUCAACGCAAAUGGGAAUGUGACCUCUCCCCCCACUGGCAUAAAGGAAAAGAUAAUGGCUUGCAUAUCUCUCCAGAGCACCUUUCAUUGCCUGGCUCUCGGAGCGCUUUUAAUACCAUCAGUGAAUUUCUUCUCUCUGACAGCCUCCGACAUAGGAAGCGAUCUCUUAUCUUCGUUCCAGAAUGUGAUCCCUCUCUAGGGAAGGGAGUCAGCUUCCUUUUUGUGCACAUUAACGAUUUUAAUGAGGUUGAAAGAGAAGCAGAUAUAGAGCCCAAAUGGCUCUGCCUAGCCUCACAGAUCCUGUUAAGCUAGAGACAGAGUGCAGAUGUAAAGAAAUAUACUGUAUGUAAAGCACACGUUCACGUGGCUCCUGUAUUUGCAAGUGGCUGACUCAAAGCAGCCUUAAGACUUCUGUCUCCAGGCAGCGGAGCUCUGGCAGAUUAGGCUGCCAAGUUUAAGCUCAGCAGUACCUCUAAGUAAAUAUGAUUCUGUUCAACCAGGAUUGUUUAGCCUGCUAUACUUGUUGAACACAGAGACUGCUGUAAUAUUAUUAAAUAAAGCAUGAUGGAUCUGGAUCUUCUCGUAAGCAAGAGCCUAUACUUCAUUUACUGUGUAAACUGAAGGGGAAAAAAAAAAAAAGAAAAAAAGAAGAAAGGUGUAAACCAUUCUGGUUCCAUCCAUUCAGCUGUUAGAAAUUCUGCAAUGUCUUAGACAAGCUGCAGUGCAUCACAUGUGAAACUUCAGUAACUUCACAAUCAGUUUUAUUGCAACUGCCCAUUGUGUAGCAAAACAUUAAGGCUAGAACAGUGCAAGGCAAACUGAAUGUUUACUCUGUGUAAAUGCCUUAAAUAUAACCUAUUAAAGCAGGUUUCUCCUUAUCUCACUCCUAUAUUACUCUAUUUAAACCCUGUGUAUUUGUUCCCAGAACAGUUUAAAUAUAUAAACAAAGGCAUGGAAGAAAGAAUAAACUGUCCAUUCUGUUAAGUUUUACCUAGUUUUACUGUGUUUUUAGAUAGAAUUGUGCUAGGCUAGGGAUGGUGUAGAUACGCUUCUCAGAGAAAGUAUCUGAGAUCUAGACUGAGAAGUGGUGCCUUGUCAGCACUAAAAAUACAGCUGGUAAUACACAGAUUUUUUUGUAAUCUAGGGAAAAAGAUAAUGAUGUGAUAGAAGAGGACCACUUGUAUUUAAAUAUCAUAAUUUUAAAAGAAGUGUAG